CACCGCAAACACAUUUUCUGCAGACAAACAGCCACCAUGGAGCCUCGUCUCUCUGUCUGCGUCCUGCUGGUCCUUUGUGUAACGGGGAGUGUGACUGGAGGAAAGAUUCUGGUGUGGUACACCGAGGCCAGUCACUGGAUCAACAUGAAGCCGGUCCUGGAGACACUGGUGGACAGAGGACACCAGGUGACGGUCCUGGUCCACAGCUCGUCAUUGUUCAUGAACAGCAGUGAACCCUCUCGCUUUCAGUACGAACCCUUCAACGUCUCUCUCUCUGUGGAGGCUAUAGAGAAAUUUGUUGAAGACUUUCUUAACUUUUUCAUGUAUGAGAUGGAACAUUUAAACUACAUUCAGAUUUACAUCAGAUUUAUAGAAAUAAUAAAAAAGAACAUGCAAACUACUCUUACUCUUCUGGACGGUGUGGUGAAAUCAGAAACCAUCAUGAAGAAGCUGAAGGAAGGAAACUAUGAUUUGCUCCUGGCUGAUCCCAUCUACCCUGGGAGUGAAUUAACUGCAGAUAUUCUGGGGAUCCCUCUGAUUUUUUCUUUGCGAUUUUCUAUUGCUCAUCACUGGGAAAGAAAAUGUGGUCAGAUGCCUGCUCCACCUUCCUUUGUCCCAGCUGCUAUGAGUAAACUGACAGACAAGAUGAACUUCUCAGAGAGAGUUUUUAACGUCCUCUUCUACGCUCUACAGGAUAUCGUAGUAGAACAGUUCAUGUGGAAAGAGGUAGAUAAAUAUUACUCAGAAAUUAAAGGAACUCCCACCAGUGGUUGUGAGUUGGUAGGAAAAGCAGACAUCUGGCUGAUGAGAACCUACUGGGAUUUCGAUUUCCCUCGCCCAUUCCUCCCUAAUUUUAAGUUUGUUGGAGGGAUCCAUAACAGACCUGCUAAAAGUUUACCAAAGGAUAUGGAAGAAUUUGUCCAAAGCUCUGGAGAAGAUGGCAUCGUGAUCUUCUCUUUGGGAUCAAUGGUCAAAAACGUCACCACAGAAAAAGCAAACAUUAUAGCCUCAGCUCUCGCACAGAUUCCACAAAAGGUGCUGUGGAGAUACAAAGGGAAGAAACCAGAGACUUUAGGUUCAAACACUAAACUUUAUGAUUGGAUUCCACAGAAUGAUCUACUGGGUCACCCUAAAACCAGAGCUUUCAUCACUCACGGUGGAGCAAAUGGAGUUUUUGAGGCCAUCUACCACGGUGUUCCCAUGGUGGGAAUCCCAACGUUUGCUGACCAGCCAGACAACAUGGCACAUAUUAAAGCCAAAGGAGCUGCAGCUGUUGUGAGCUUAAACUUCAUGACAGCCGAAGACCUCAGAGAUGCAAUCAACACCGUCAUCAAUGACAAAUCGUAAGAACUGAUUUACUGUG